CCGAGUCGAUCACAACCCCAGUAGGACUUUCGAAUGGUGUGAGCGGUCUCGUGGGCGUUCUUGGUGGUUCUGCUCGUCUGUCUAUCCAUCUAUCCAUCCCCCAGCGCAGACAGCCACAGCCCGCCGCCGUCACAUCAACCGAGAACGAGAAGGAACAUCUGGCAACAAGAGGAAAAAAAAAGAUCUUGCGUCUUGCUACAACACUCGUUUCUCGUCGUCAACAGAAAGUCUUGUGCCACCGCCAUGAGAACCACUGCCAUCACAUGCAUUCUUGCCACCUGCUGCCUCGCCCUCCUCGUGCAGUGGGCGGCAGCGGCUCCCAGGUGUAAGAUCCACGACCGGACAUCCAACGACAACUGCAAGUACGGCGUGGCGAGGGACUGGUGUCGGAACACGGUCUGUGCCAAGGGACCGGGGGAGUCCUGCGGAGGCUACCGGUGGGAGAACGGGAAGUGCGGCCUCGGGAUGAUAUGCUCUUGCGGGCGCUGCUCCGGCUGCUCCAUCAUCGACGGCACGUGCUCGCCCCACUCGAUGGUCUGCUAAGGAGAGGAGCGAGGGAGCAGCAGUGCCUGGAGGAUCACGGCAGCGUCUCCGGCAGGCGAGCGACCGCCCAGCCCUCGGUUCGCCUCGAGUCGACGGCUCUUCCAGCUUUUACCGGAGAGUGAAAAUGGCGUCUACUCUAGUUUAUAUAUUGUUGCAUGUUGCAUAUAUGCGCUUGUGAUAUAUUAAGUACAAAUAUUAUUAUAAGAGUUGUACGGGGUAUAUAGCAACGUAGUUAAGACGGUAGACCCGGCCAGCUGCAGAAAGACUGCUGCUUCUCUCUCUCUCUCUCUCUCUCUCUCUCUCUCUCUCUCUCUCUCUCUCUCUCUCUCUCUCUCUCUCUCUCUCUCUCUCUCUCUCUCUCUCCCUAGGUUUCCUUUCCGCCCUUUCCCAUUUCCCUUCCAUCACUUUCUUCUUCCCCUUCCCUCCUUCGUUCGACCUUUCCCUCCCCAUGCCUGUCCCUCAGCCUUCCUUACCAGCCAGGCCCUCUCUGGCACCUCCUCUGCAGGUUAUUCCAUAGUUUUAUGCAUCACUGCCUGACAAUGCAAUGCUCUGAGAGCGAAUUAUGUCAGUGAGGUUCGGCGUUCGAGCCCCAAGCUUUAAGUUUAUUUUAUGUCUCAAGUGUUUAAUGGUAUAUACGUAUCGUAGUGGAAUUCUACUUGUUAAUGACCACCAUUGUGAUCACACUAUCACUAACAAUUUUGUUUCGCUAUGACUAAAAGCUGUGAUGUUCAAGAAACAGCUGUAGUUGAUGAAUAGGCCUGACACCUCUCCUCUCAUGUCAACACUCUCCUCCCCAAAACGAGUAAUUUAUUCCUUAAAAAGUAAAUCCAACAUUGUCUCAUUCAUAUUUCGAUUUCGUAAGACUUUUCUCGUCCUUUUUGAAGUGCCUCUACCCAUGUUUCUCAAAGACUUUAUUCUUUGUGCACUUUUCUAUUUACGUUUUGCUUGAAACUUAUCGGAUUUCUUGGAGACUCUGUUGUUUAACUGUACAAACUGAACGACCAUCUCUGACAUAUAUUUAUCAUGUUCUUUGUAUAACUGUAGGCUACACGACUUAGAUGAUUUAUCACGAUUGAACACCAUCACAAGGAGGGUUCUUGUCCAUCUUAUGCCCCGGCCCUCUGGAAUUGUUCAGCAGAAGAAUGGAAUAUUGUGAAGUAUUUCCUUUUGUACCAUUGUAAGCAGGGGUCAUGUACAUGUUCCCGGGAUCGAAGCAUACGAUUCGUUCGAGAUGUCAUUUGUCAUCACUCAAAACAAACAAACAAACAAACAUAUGGCUGAAUCAACAUCUAUCUUUAUUUAGACAACAGGAAUUUCCACCUUUGAUAAUUCAACACAUCCAAAAAAAAAAAAAAAAAAAAAAAGUCGUGUACGUCUAUCUGCAAUAUCAACCUUUGUCAAAAAAAUAACAACAGACAGACAAACAAAAGAUUCAAUGAAUAAAAGCAGCCACUAAGGAUCUCGAACGAAUCUCAUGUACAGUCAAGGGCGACCAGCGAAGGACCUGGCGAGUAAAGCAUUCUGACGAAGCAUCCAUGUACCUGAUUCCUACCUGUGGUUCCUCUGUGUAGCGGCCAGACCUGUUGGUGUGGCUUCUUGGCACAAUAAAGACCGCAAAUCAGUCCAAAAAA